CCCUCCCGUGCCAGAUGAAUUUUGUAUGUAUUCUAAGGCUCUGAAUGCAAUACUGUCUUGAACAAGGACACAGAAGGAGCUUAAUACUCGCUGUGCCCUCAGAGACUGCAGGAGUCAAUAAUAGCUAGAGCUUGUUAGGAUGCAAGACUGGCAUACGGACUGCUUCCCCAGUGAGACUUGAGUAGAGACAGAGCAAGCAAUCUGGCUUCACAAAAUCUGAUGUACCAAGAGAUACCCGACAGUUUUAUUCAGAGCAUUCCUGCUCCAGUGCCGACCACCGACUGUAAGAAAAGCCAUUUUAGAGCUUCAUUUGCAUUGUUUGCAAGUGCCAGAAAGCUCAGCUUGUCACAGCUUCACACAGACAGUUUGCCCGACUGCAGAGUUCACAAAGAGAAGACUGUCGACAAAAGGAGCAGUGCUAAACAGGCCAGAGCAAUGAAAACCCGUCUGGGCUGCUUAUCACAGAAAUCUGACUCCUACAGCGAUUUCAGCUCUUUUCUGCCCAAUAAGCAUGAGAAACCCAUUAGAUGUAUGAAGCUGUCCACAGAAGAAGCUGUGCAAUGGACCGAAUCAUUCAGUCUCCUUCUGGCUAAUAAGUAUGGCCUGUCUGCCUUCAGAGAAUUCCUCCGCUCAGAAUACAGUGAGGAGAACAUUGAAUUUUGGCUGGCCUGUGAGGACUACAAAAAAACCAAGUCUCCUGCAAAACUCACUUCGAAAGCAAAGAAGAUCUAUUCCGAGUUUAUAGAUGUUCAAGCUCCAAAAGAAGUAAACCUCGAUUUUCAAACUCGGGAGCUGACCAGGAAGAACCUUCUGGAGCCAGCCCAAAGCUGCUUUAACGACGCACAGAAAAGAAUCUACAGCCUGAUGGAAAGAGACUCUUAUCCCAGGUUCCUGAGAUCAAAGGUUUACUUGGAUGUGCUAAACCAGACACAAAGUAAUAGCCAGGCACAAUGGAGGUUCAGCUGAGGAAGGCUAAUCAGAACAAAGUGUACAGGGAGAGUUCUCUUCUACUCCAUUUUCUGUGCCAUCCCACUCAUGAAUUUUACUCUGCUGUUGCAUAUUAUUGUUGCUGUGAAAACGAGAUAGAUGAAAAACUUUUCGCCGUGGUAUUCCCUUGUUCUUAAUUUUCAACCGUUACACGGAAUGCAGCUUCUUUUGACAGCAAGUCUUCACCCAGAUGGAUUUACCCCAAUGCCAGUCACCUAAACCCCAACUUGUCUUUGCCACAAAGUUAUUUGAUGACAUUCGGAUAACACUUCUGUUUCUUUUAAUCUGAGGCUUAUUGAAGGACCAUUGAGGAUCAAUGGUCGGCACAACAUUGUGGGCUGAAGGGCCUGUUCUGUGCUGUACUGUUCUAUGUUCUAUGUUCUAUGAAACAGCUCUUCCUGCCCUGACAUCAUUGAGAUGUAAAGGCAGUGUCAGAUCAAAUAACUGUUCUAGUGCACAUGCAUUUAAGUGUUUGAAGUGAAAACAGUUGUUUUAAAUCUAGUGUUUGUAAUGCAAUAGAUAUUUGUUGAUUGAACACACACUGUGUUUGUGAAAAAUGUUUUUUCCUUAAAAGCAAUUCCAUUUGUAUAUUUAUCAUCCCUGUCCCCUUAAGUCUGAGUGUAUUUAUUAAAUGAGAUAUCAAAUAAAAUGUGUUUGUGAGAAA